AUGUCCAAAGAAGACGAAGAAAAAACAGCGUUUCACACUGACGUAGGCAUCUUUUGUUACACCAAGAUGCCUUUCGGCUUACGAAACGCCGGGGCUACUUACCAGCGACUCAUGGAUAAGGCCUUCGAAACACAAAUCGGCAGAAAUUUAGAAGUAUAUGUUGAUGAUUUGGUGAUCAAGAGUAGGGAAGAAAAACAAAUGCUGGAAGACAUUGAAGAAACUUUCCAAAGACUCACAGAAUACAAUAUCAAACUCAACCCCAAGAAAUGUUUGUUCGGGGUAGAGGAAGGAAAGUUCUUGGGCGUGAUAGUCACCCGGGACGGCUUUAAAGCUAAUCCGGAAAAGGUAGCCGCCAUAACGCGGAUGCCCUCUCCCAGGACUUUGAAAGAAGCGCAAGCGUUAAACGGGUGUUUAGUGGCUAUAAACAGAUUCUUAGCAAGGCAUGCCGAAAGAUCUUUGCCAUUCAUAAAGACACUAAAAGAUUGCCUCAACAAGAAGAACUUCAAAUGGACCAGCGAAGCGGAAGAAGCCCUACAAGACAUGAAACGCUUCAUCGAAAAAUUACCCAUGUUGACAGCGCCAUUCCCUAACGAAGUGCUUAAAAUGUAUUUGGCGGCGGCCCAUAAUGCGGUAAGCGCGGUACUCAUGGUGGAAAGAGAUGGGAAGCAAACACCCAUAUAUUACAUCAGCCGAGUAUUGGCGGGACCAGAAACGCGGUAUCCAACCCUGGAAAAGUUGGUGCUAGAAUUAGUGCACGCUACCCGGCGAUUGCGAAGGUAUUUUCAAGCGCACUGCGUGCAGGUCUUGACGGAUUACCCGCUGCUGCAAAUUUUGCACAAACCAGAAAUCUCCGGGAGAUUGGCCAAAUGGGCGAUUGAAUUAGGAGCUUUGGAUAUCAAAUAUCAAAAACGAACAGCAGUCAAAGGGCAGGUAAUUGCCAACUUCUUGGCCGAAAUUCCCGACGGAGAAGCUAUAGUAGACCCCGCUAUACGGGACAUCCCAGAGUCCAGUACUGCCCGGCAAACCUGGAAACUCUACACCGACGGAUCAUCUAGUGGAAAAGGGUCCGGGGCAGGUCUAAUGUUGAUAAGCCCAGAUGAGAUAAGACUGAUGUACGCCUUACGUUUCGAUUUCGAAUGCCCCAACAAUGAAGCAGAAUAUGAAGCGCUACUCGCAGGGUUGAGAAUGGCCCAAUCUAUGGGAGCUACACGAGUGGAUGCAUACGUUGACUCUUUAUUGGUUAACAAUCAAGUGAAUGAGACAUAUGAAGCCAAAAACGAAUCCAUGGCAAGAUACCUGGCAAAAACAAAGGAGCUCAUGGCUUCCUUCGAUAACGUCACACUCAACCACGUUCAUAGAGGAAAAAACCAAAUAGCGGAUGCUUUGAGCAAGCUCGCCACUUCGGGUAUGGAAAAAGAAGUAAAGGUUGAAACAUUGCAGAUGCCCUCAAUUGAACCCCGGAACGUCUCCGCCGUUACAGCGGAAGAACCCUGCUGGUACACUCCAAUGCUAAAAUUCCUUACUAAGGGGGAAUUACCCCCUGCUAGGGGCGAAGCUCAAAAGGUACAAACAAAGGCACUGCAAUACGAAGUGAACAACAGCGUAUUGUAUCGAAAGUCAUACUUGGGACCACUCCUGCGGUGUGUCUCCCCAAUAGAAGCAAAAUACUUGAUCCAAGAAAUUCAUGCAGGCAUAUGCGGUAUCCAUGCGGGGCCCCGGGCAGUUGUGACUAAAAUCCACAAUGCCGGGUACUAUUGGACCGGGAUGCACGAAGAUGCGGUACAAGAACUCAGAAAGUGCCUCAGCUGUCAGAAAUUCGCCCCUCAAACACUCAGGCCUAAAAAUAACUUAAUCCCGGUUACAGCGGCCUGGCCUUUUCAAAAAUGGGCAGUGGAUAUUGUUGGACCAUUCCCGCUAGCUCUCGGAAGACUAAAAUACUUAAUCGUGGCGAUUGAUUACUUUACCAAGUGGGUGGAGGCCAAGCCUUUGGCUAAAAUCACGGCGGAGAAUGCCAAAAAGUUCCUUUGGGAACACAUAGUAUGUCGGUUUGGACUGCCGCUAUACCUGGUAAGUGACAAUGGAACACAGUUCACCGACAAGGUUUUUCAAGAAUGGUGCGCCGACCUCUAG